AUGCUCUGGCCCGGUUUGGUAGAGCCACCUGUCGACAUUACGAUACCACCACCCAUUGUGGUGCGCACUCCAGUACUUGUUGUGUUCUACUGGAUGCUCAUGUCGUUGGAUUACCUUGUAUUAAAAUACGAAAGCAAGAUUCCGUUGAGCAAGAUGCAAGUACGAAUCGUUCUAGCGAUUGUCCACGUCGCAAUCCCACUUGUGAUUGCUUCAUCGCGUGUAGCAGCCAACUUGUUUUUCAUCGCCUUGCCGUGGUUUUAUGCGGCAUACAGCUCUCUGAUACCCGUGGAGAAAUAUUCGUACCGUGAAUGGUCUGAAUCGCUUCAGUAUUUAUUAUUGGACGCACCGGAUGAUAAGCGGUUGCAGCUGGCAACACGAAUGAUACCCAAGCUGGAACUUUCUAAACAAGAACAACGGGAUGCGCGGAUCAAAGGUGCAGCAAGGAUUGGACGUGGUGUAUGCAAGCUGAUUGUUAUGAAACUAAUUGUCGAUCCAUUGCUUCCGGAACAGCAGCAGCUGUCAUCCAUGUUGAUGCUCCCGUGGCUGCAUCCGACAAGUUUGCUUCUUACGCUAUUGUUUGGAUGUAAGGCGUAUUUUUUUCUUGGCGUCGCAGAUGUUGGCAUGGGUUUGCAGCAAGUCUCGUUGGGAGUGCCAACAGUUGACUUGUUUGACCGGCCCAUGAUUGCAGCCACACCUAGGGAGUUUUGGAGGUAA